AUGACGAAUGAUAUAACUGAAGACGUCCAAAUCCAAGCCCUUCGAUUCUACGACAAGAUCCGCAAUCUUGACACGAACCAGUACGACAUUCUCAAGGGAGUAGCUCUUGGAUAUUGCCUCGGACGGUUCCGCGCUGUUCCUAUCGUUCUCGGCGUGAGUGCUGGAGUCAUGGCCGAUUCUUGCUUCAAAAUUCCGAACAUCCGCCAAAGCGUUAAUGAUCUGUUGAAAAAGGCCGAAUGA